AUGUCAUCCAAAUACGCCAAUGACGUCUGUAUUCGAUGCAGUAUUAAACAAAUUAAAUGCGACAAUAAAGAGGUUUGCGAUAAUUGCGACAAGACAAAAAAUGAUUGUCAUCGAGACAGGGCCGUAAAAAAAGCAAUCAAGAAGCAACGACAACUGAAUAAAUUAUACAAAAGUUGUUAUAAACAGUUUGAAACAUUUCAAGCUUUACAAACCCAACCUACUGAGCAGGGAAUGUUAAAUCUAUUAAAUCUAUUGUUAGAUCUUAGCAUUCAAGUUGAAGCACUUCGUCAACAAAUUUUACAAACCCAAACUAUUAUCAACGAACAAAAAAUGUCAAAUCCAUUAUUAAAUUAUUAUUUUAACAAUCUUGGUUUUAAUAAUAAUCAAGUUGAAACACUUCACCAACAAAUUUUACGUGCCAUCAAUGAGCAAAGAAUGACAAAUCUAUUACUAAAUUAUUAUCCUAACGAACUUAGUUUUGGUAAUAAUAACCAAGCCAAAACAUUUCAUCAACAAAUUUUACAAACUGUAACCACUACUAGUGAGCAAGAAAUGUCAAAUUCAUCAUUAAAUUUUAAAAAUCUUUAUAUAUAG